AUGCCGAACUGCGGUCGGGUCAAGACUCUGGUGAGGACGCAAAUGAACUUCACUGAGACAGUUUGUGCAGAAAUUCUUCGGUUGUGCAAACCCAUAGUUUCAUCAGCUAUCCAGGUGGUCUCAGACGACCCCGCAGGUAGGGAGGACGGGCGACAGUGGGGGAAAGAGGGGCGACGGUGGGGGAAGACAAGGUGGGGAGGACGUGCGACAGUGGGGGAAAGAGGGGCGACGGUGGGGGAGGACAAGGUGGGGAGGACGGGCGACAGUGGGGGAAAGAGGGGCGACGGUGGGGGAGGACAAGGUGGGGGAGGACAAGGUGGGGGAGGACAAGGUGGGGGAGGACGGGCGACGGUGGGGGAGGACAAGGUAGGGAGGACGGGCGACAGUGGGGGAAAGAGGGGCGACAGUGGGGGAGGACAAGGUGGGGAGGACGGGCGACAGUGGGGGAAAGAGGGGCGACGGUGGGGGAGGACAAGGUGGGGGAGGACGGGCGACAGUGGGGGAAAGAGGGACGACGGUGGGGGAGGACAAGUGGGGAGGACGGGCGACAGUGGGGGAAAGAGGGGCGACGGUGGGGGAGGACAAGGUGGGGGAGGACAAGGUGGGGGAGGACAAGGUGGGGGAGGACGGGCGACGGUGGGGGAGGACAAGGUAGGGAGGACGGGCGACAGUGGGGGAAAGAGGGGCGACAGUGGGGGAGGACAAGGUGGGGAGGACGAGCGACAGUGGGGGAAAGAGGGGCGACGGUGGGGGAGGACAAGGUGGGGAGGACGGGCGACAGUGGGGGAAAGAGGGGCGACGGUGGGGGAGGACAAGGUGGGGGAGGACAAGGUGGGGGAGGACAAGGUGGGGGAGGACGGGCGACGCAAAGACUUUCUCAAAGUCAUCUUUAAAAGAGGCCCUGCUCUCCUGUGGAACAUUCAUGUCUAG